AUGAAUGAGAAGAAAGGUAAAUUUCGUGGGAAACCGUAUGAUGGUAAAGGAAAGCAAAAAAAUGGUAAUGGCAAGAGACCGAAUGGGGGAGGAUCUCACAUUCCUGUCAAGUGCUAUAGGAGUGGUGUUGAGGGACAUCGUAUUUCUGAAGGCCCUCGGUCUAAUGCGACAUGUUUCAAGUGUGGCAAGGUGGGUCACAAGUCUCACGAGUGUAGAGGUGGUUCAAAGGUGACUUGCUACAAUUAUGGAGAGCAAUGUCACAUUAGUACCAAGUGUGACAAACCGAAGAAGGAUCAACUGAAGGGGAAGGUGUUUGCAUUGUCUUGUACGGAGUUCACUACUGAUGAUAGGCUAAUCCAAGGAAGUGAUUUUUCUGUUGAUCCAUCGAAGAUUGAGGAUAUAUCUUAA